AUGGUGUUUCGACCAGUGUUUGUGGUGCUGGUGGCCCUAGCAGGUGUAACGGUGGCCAUUCCGAUCCAGAAUACUGCGGGAGGUUCUGCGGUAGCAGCACCAGCAUCCAGUCCUCUUUCCACUCGCCUGGACAAGGUGGAAGGCAAAGCGGCCGUAGCGAGCGCGGAUCCGGAAGCAGAUCGUAACAAGCGUCAUCUUGGAUUCGGUGGUAUCGGCAUCGGUGUUGGACUGAUCGGCGGCGGCUUCGGUGGAGGCUUCGAUCCGUACGACUACGGUGGCCCGUAUGGUGGAUUUGGAGGACCUUACGGAGGGUACGGUGGACCUUACGGAGGAUACGGUGGACCUUACGGUGGCUUCGGUGGACCAUUCGGCGGUGGACCUUACGGUGGACCGUAUGGUGGAUACGCGAACGGAUACCAGUAUGGCUACGGUUCCGGAUUCAGCAACGGAUUCUUUGGCUGA